CCCCCUCCACGUACGUUAUCACCAAUCCCACCCUCCCCUCGAUCUUCGUGUCCACAUUUCAAAAAAGUCUUCAAAAGUGCUUUUCUAAACCCCUUCCUCCUUCCUUCUACUCCCUUCCACCGCCGCUCACUCCUUCUCUCUAAAUUCUCCAAACCUCGCCGUGUUUCCGCCGCUUUUCUUUCUUCUUCCAAUCUCAGUGUAUCGUAACAGCAAAUUGAAUGUAAAAAAAAAGAGAGAGAAAAACAGAAGAAUUGUGAACCAAAUUAGCAAGUUCAUCAAAUGGCUUAUCACGACCAUCUAUCACACGAGAUCAGUUUUCAGCAAUUCACGGACGACCAGCAGAUGAGUCAUCAAGGAAGAGACAUGCAGCAGAGGAUGAUGCCGCUCUCAGCCCCCGGCGGAGGAGCGGCGCCGACGUGGCUCAACAACGCGGCGGCGCUCCGGCAGCAGAAUUUCCUGCAUCUCCAGCCGGACUCCGCGGCGCAGAACGACGACGUGGUUCGGGGCCUGAUGGAGAAGAGCGGCGGCGAUCGAGACCACAACCACAACGGCGAGUCGGAGGACUUGGCGGAGUAUAAGGCGGACAUUCUGGGACAUCCGCUGUACGACCAGCUGCUGUCGGCGCAUGUUUCGUGUUUGAGGAUCGCGACGCCGGUGGACCAGCUUCCUCGGAUCGACGCGCAGCUGCAGCAGGCGCAGCGCGUGGUGGACAAGUACUCUCGCCUUGGGAAUGGUGUGGUGGAUGAGAAGGAGCUAGAUCAAUUCAUGACGCAUUAUGUUCUGCUGCUGUGUGCUUUUAAAGAACAAUUGCAACAGCAUGUCCGUGUUCAUGCCAUGGAAGCUGUUAUGGCUUGCUGGGAGCUCGAGCAGUCUCUACAAAGCUUGACCGGUGUAUCUCCGGGUGAGGGAACGGGUGCAACAAUGUCUGAUGAUGAAGAAGACCAAGCAGAGAGCAAUGCUGCCAACUUAUACGAAGGAAGCAUGGAUGGUGCUGAUAGUCUCAGCUUUGGGCCUCUUGUUCCCACUGAAAGUGAAAGGUCUUUGAUGGAGCGUGUGAGGCAGGAGUUGAAGCAUGAGCUCAAGCAGGGUUACAAGGACAAGAUUGUGGACAUAAGAGAAGAAAUUCUACGAAAGAGAAGAGCUGGGAAGCUCCCUGGCGACACCACCUCCCUUUUGAAACAAUGGUGGCAGUCACAUUCUAAAUGGCCUUAUCCAACUGAAGAAGACAAGGCAAGGCUGGUGCAGGAAACAGGGUUGCAAUUAAAGCAGAUAAACAACUGGUUCAUUAAUCAAAGAAAAAGGAAUUGGCAUACCAAUCCUUCCUCUUCUACUGGUGCCGGAACCAAAACCAAGCGCAAGAGUGGUGCAGGUGAAACAAGUAACCAGAGCUUCAUGUAAAUGAUUGAUACCUGGUUUGAACAGAGGAAAAGGACUAUCUCUAUAUUAAUCUCCAUUUUGUGCAUGUAACAAUGGUGGGGUUCAAAGUGGAAUUUAAUUUAUAUAUGAUAUCAUCAGUCACUGUUUAGAAAUAGUAUUGUUGUACUUGUAUAUGACGCUGCAGCUUGAUAGUCCUACCUGGUAUUGUUGCAGCGUUUAAAGGGUAUCUAAGAAUGCAUGCAUGGUGAUUCCUAUUUAUAUAUUUGUAACGCAUUACACUGAAACAAUUUUUGAAAGAAAGGGGAAAAUCCAUGAAUGUGCAUGCUGCAAGUUUCGUGAUCA